UGUUCUUGCCCCUGCUCGCCGCGGGCCGAACCGCUCAAAACACGCCGGUCGCACGGAUGAUCACCGCCGAGUCGGAGACCUGGUCGCCCGCAAAAUGGCGGGAGAUUGACCGCGCCACGAGGGCUGAAGAGGAAGCGCGGCAGGCGCGGGCGCGGCGCGGCCUCCCUCCGCUGCCGGUGACGCCGACGCACACCGUGCGGUGCGGCUCGCGCGACUGCCGCCCGGGCGAGGGCAACCUGAAGCACGCAAUGGACAAGCACGGCAAGUUCAAGCAGUGGGAGCAGCCGUACGAGCACCGCGAGGGCUUUGUGCAGUCUCGGCUCCGCUCACCGCCGCACCGGCCCCGCCCGAACGUCGAGUACGCCGGCCUGGUCGCGCUGGCGGCGCGCCUCGCGCCUCGCGGCGGGCCGGUGCUUCUCGCCGCGGCUGACUGGGACUACCGCGAGCUCGCCCUCAACUGGUACCUGCACGCACGGAGACUGGGCUACCGCGGCGCGCUCGUCCUCUCGAUGGAGCGAGCGCUGCACGAGCUGCUGCUGCGGCGGGGCGUGCCCUCCUUUGACGGCGGCGCGCUGCUGGCGGCGUGGAACCGCACCUGCCUGCAGCGCCACAUCCAGGCGGUGCGGAUGGAGAGGCACCU